UCUGGCUAUUGUCGCAAACUUGGAUUACUUUGCACGUCUGGACACCGAAAUGCGAGCGUCUCGCGUCGACUGAGAAGUUGUUCGUCGUCCCUAUGUACAACUCCCUGCUGAUCGAUCAAUCGAUGGGACUGAACAGGAAAAGGGAUGAUCAACCGGAAGUGAAAGUCGAGGAUCUAGCGGAGAUAGAGAAGGAAAAAGGGGACGGGGAUUACGAGACUAUAUACGAGCAGACGGACGGUUCGACCACCCCGCCGUCGGCCGUGAAAAGCAGCGAUCACGUAACUAGGAUAUAUGCCUGCGCGACGAUGUGGCACGAGCAAAAGGAAGAAAUGAUGGAAUUCUUGAAGAGCAUCCUGCGGCUCGACGAGGACCAAUGCGCGAGACGGAAUGCCCAAAAGUAUCUAAAGGUCGUCGAUCCGGAUUACUACGAAUUCGAGACUCACAUAUUCUUCGAUGACGCGUUCGAGCUGGCGGAUCACGACGAGAACGAGUCGCAGGUGAACGGGUUUGUGAAACGGUUGGUGGACACCGUUGACGAGGCUGCCUCUGACGUCCAUCAGACGCGGAUGCACGUCAGAGCCCCGAAGAAGUAUCCCACGCCUUAUGGCGGCCGACUCGUCUGGACGCUGCCCGGCAAAACGAAAAUGAUCGCCCAUUUGAAGGACAAGAGCAAAAUUCGUCACAGAAAGAGAUGGAGUCAGGUGAUGUACAUGUACUACUUAUUGGGACACCGUUUAAUGGAAUUGCCGAUUAGCGUUGAUCGUAAAGAAGUAAUCGCGGAGAACACUUAUCUGUUAACACUGGACGGUGACAUCGAUUUCCAACCAGCCGCUGUGAAACUCUUAGUGGACUUGAUGAAGAAGAACAAGAAUCUCGGCGCGGCUUGUGGUCGUAUUCAUCCAGUCGGUUCAGGUCCGAUGGUGUGGUAUCAGAUGUUCGAAUAUGCUAUCGGUCACUGGCUGCAAAAGGCGACGGAACACAUGAUCGGUUGCGUGCUGUGUAGUCCUGGUUGUUUCUCCCUAUUCAGAGGGAAAGCUUUGAUGGACGACAACGUAAUGAAGAAGUACACGACGAAAUCCGAGGAGGCUAGACAUUAUGUUCAGUACGAUCAGGGCGAAGAUCGAUGGCUUUGCACACUCCUCUUGCAACGCGGUUACAGAGUGGAAUAUUCAGCUGCCAGUGACGCGUACACCCACGCACCCGAGGGUUUCAAUGAAUUUUACAAUCAACGUCGCCGAUGGGUACCCUCUACCAUAGCCAAUAUCAUGGACCUUUUGAUGGACGCGAAACAAACAAUAAAAAUCAACGAUAACAUUUCCCUUCCAUACAUCUCUUAUCAAAUUUUGCUCAUGGGCGGUACUAUCUUGGGACCGGGCACGAUUUUCCUCAUGUUGGUGGGUGCGUUCGUGGCCGCCUUCAAAAUCGACAACUGGACCAGUUUCUACUACAAUAUUAUCCCGAUCUUAUUUUUCAUGCUCAUAUGUUUUAUAUGUAAAGCAAACAUACAGCUUCUGUGCGCGCAGAUACUAUCGACAGGAUACGCGUUGAUAAUGAUGGCCGUGAUCGUGGGCACGGCCCUCCAGCUCGGCGAGGACGGUAUCGGUUCACCCUCGGCGAUAUUCUUGAUAGCGUUAUCCGGAUCGUUCUUCAUAGCGGCUUGCCUCCACCCGCAAGAGUUUUGGUGUAUCGUCCCCGGGAUUAUAUACCUUCUCUCCAUCCCGUCCAUGUACCUCCUCCUGAUCCUCUACUCAAUUAUAAACUUGAACGUCGUCACCUGGGGGACGCGUGAGGUCCAAGUGAAAAAAACCAAAAAGGAACUUGAGCAAGAGAGAAAGGAAGCCGAGGAGGCGAAACGGAAGGCGAAGCAGAAGUCGUUGUUAGGAUUUCUUCAGAAUGGCGUCGGGACCAACGACGACGACGAAGGAUCGAUCGAGAUCUCCUUAGCAGGAUUGUUCAAGUGCAUGUUUUGCACUCAUGGGCAGGCGUCCAAUGAAAAGCAGCAAUUGGUCACCAUUGCCGAAUCUUUGGAGCAAGUCGGCAAACGUUUGGAAGCCAUCGAAAGGGCUGUGGAUCCUCACGGGGUGACUGGCCGACGUCGUCCUUCGUCGGUGGGUUCUCGAACAGCGAAUCAUUUGCACGACAUUAACGAGAACGAGAGCGAGCAUCGAGGAGGGGAGAGCGAACCGGAAACGGAUACUAGUCAUAACACGGAAGGGAACCGGGAGGGUGGCAAUUUCUUCAGCAGACCGUACUGGCUGAGCGACGAUGGUCUGAAAAAGGGUGAAAUAGACGUCUUGUCGAUGCAGGAAGAGCAGUUUUGGAAGGACCUCCUCGAGAAGUACCUGUAUCCCAUUGACGAAGACGCGAAAGAGAAGGCUCGCAUCGCCGGCGACCUGAUCGAGCUACGGAACAAGAGCGUGUUCGCGUUUUUUAUGUCCAAUGCGUUGUUCGUUCUGAUCGUAUUCUUGCUGCAGCUGAACAAAGAUCAGUUGCACGUCGUCUGGCCUCUCGGCGUCAAGACGAAUAUCACCUUCAUCGAAGAGACCUCGGAGGUACAUGGUAGCGUUCCAAACGAAAGAAAAACAAAUGAGAAAAUGGGAACAGAGAUGCUGUCUCACUGUUGCCUCGGGUGACUAACCACCUUUCGUGUGCUCCGUUGCUCUUUUCCUUCUUUUCUCUUUUUUCUCUCGUCCCCUUCGUCGGUCCACAGCGGCGAACGGUGAAAGAUUUCUUGAAAUCGACAUUAUCCCGUGAACCAGGAAAGAAAGUGACACGGUCAGAUUCUGAUACGAACAGAUCGCAUCGCUUUUUCAUCAAUUUUUCUUUGUGGGAGAUCCCUGCUUUUACGGGCAAUUUUUAUAGACGCUGCGAAUUGCUUAGUCGAGAUGAUAAAAUUUUGAGUUUAGAGCUUCCAUUUAGAAGUUAAUAGAACCGGCUUUGCGACUCUGGAACUUUUUACGCGCGCCUCCAGCUUCUAAUCUGGAUUCGAGUCAUAGGAUUUUUGCUACGUAAGCUCCGUCUUCAAAACAGAUCCUCAGCAAUUUUCGUUCUUAGUAAUCAGAUAAGAAGUUCACGUAUGAGUAAGAUUAAAGUGUCAUGUUAAAAAAUGCUGAAUUCUCUAUGUAAAUUAAUUUGUUAAUUCAAUUUUUUAAUUCGAACUAUUGGCUUGUGAGGAGAUUGCUGGGGAUUAGAAACAGAUAGGAUUGCAGUGAGCAUCGGAGCACGCUGGGAAAUGAGAACGGUACCCGGUGAUAAUGUUGCACUGGCUGGGACAUGUCUGUGUUUUGUCAAUAACGGUGGAUGAUGAGCACACACGGCGAAUUACCUAUCAUUAACAAUGAUUUGCACAGGUACACCCGGAAGCGAAUGGAACACGCGGGGCAGAACCGAGCGAACGAUUGUCUAGAUAUUAGUUUGGCUAAGUCACAAAUAAUAUCCUAGUCUCGUUAACUGGAGUUCAUCCUUAUCCCUCACACAUCCUUCUUUUAUUUUUUAUAAUACCUCGUUGAAACGAAAAAACCAAUCGUACAAGUUGUCACUCACACCAUAACAAAUUAUAUUUGUUGAUUAACAUUAUCAAAGCUCAUAGAAUGAACGCAAAAUUUUAAUUGUAUAAUAAAAUCAAAAUGUCGACGAUCUUUUUUGAAAUAAAUUGUUUUUAACGUUCUCUGAGCUUGUACAUAUUCUUCGGCUCUCUUGCAUUGGUCUAAUCCACUGAUGAGAGUUUCCAUUUAUUGUCUUUACAAAUAAUAACAAAUGUGCUAAGCGAAAGAGUCGAAGAAUCUGAGAAGAACGGAGGGAGGAGCUGUCACACUGGUUUCUCACGUUUCUCAUGUUUUUGUAAUUGUUAAUGCACUGCUAGGUAUGACAGCAGAGGAGCACCACUAACGAGUUACCAAUGUAACUAAACGGUGGCUUUUAAAUGUGCCUUACAAUUUUUUCUGUUCCUAAUCGUACCGACGACCAAACUAGAUUUAAUCAAUCUAGUCUAUUUAUAGAAUUGAAAUUUGAAAAUGUUAAAAAUGAUUAAAAUAUAUUCGUUGGGUACGUUUAGGAUAAUUGUUACUUCAUUAUGCACUUUAAUCGUGCUAAUAAAAGUGUUAUAAUUAUGUCAUAGUGAAGUAACAAUGGCACACGAUGAAUCUAAUACAACGUUAACUGUAAUACUUUGUGUGUUUCUCUCCUCUAUCUUCUUUCAUAUUUCAUAUCCAAUUUGUUUAUCAAUGCUUCACGUAAUAAUAAUAAUUCUAUUUCCUAUGUAGGUACACAUUACAAAGGAGUACUUACAACUCGAACCAAUCGGUUUAGUGUUCGUGUUCUUCUUCGCGUUGAUAUUGGUUAUUCAAUUCACCGCG